AUUCAACUUUACAUAGUAAAAUCUUCAAGGUUCAAUGCGACCUUCCAAUGCGACAACAACUGGUUGUCACUCCCAAUUGGAGGCUAUAAAUAAAUAUGAUAAUACUAUCUAGUAUGGAAAAAAUAAAAAAUAAAAAUAAUAGCACUUAGGAAGCUCUAUAUAUUAUACAAGAUCUAAAAAGAUGUCGCUCAUUUCAGACGAGGAUAACUUCUUCUCAGACAACCAGUCCGACGCAUCAUCCUCGAGCGAAGAAGAGGCCUUACCUCCACCUCCGUUACAGCAAAACUACUUUGCUCCUCCAUUUUACGGUCGACCUCCAACACCCUUACCUCCAUCUCCAUCUUUAACGUCCCUACUCCGUCCAUCACGACCUACCACCCCCGAUGCUUCAGACGACGAUCUUGAGCCCGUGCCGCGCGCAUCCCCGAAGGUGCCCACGUACGAGUACUACGGCUUCGUCCUAUACCUCUUCUCAUCUCUGACUUUCCUCAUCUACCUGUUGUGGGCAUACCUGCCUUCCCCGUUCCUGCACGCCCUGGGUAUCUACUACUAUCCUAAUCGCUGGUGGGCCCUCGCCAUCCCUUCGUUCUUGGUCAUGCUCAUAGUCUACAUCUACGUCGCGCUAGCCGCCUAUAACACCGAGAUCCUCACGCUUCCUCUGAAUUCGUUGGAGACUAUCGUAGACGAGGCGGCUAAGAUCGCUACUAUUGAUCACAAGGGCAGGAUACGGCUAAACGAACCAGGGAAGCCCAUUCCGGAGGAGACAGCCAAGCACCUUGACUGGAAAAACAUAUGGAACGAAGGGACCGACGCCGUUAUGGAUGUACCGCUGGCCGGCGCAUGUGAAGUCAUAUACGGCGAUCUAACCGAUUCGGAGGACGAACUAGAAUUUGAUAUCAGCUUAUUCUCACGCCGUAACGACGCCAUGGUUUCCAAGUUACCAAGUGAAUGAGGAAGCGAAUACCCCACGAGUAUUACGCAUAGGGAUGGAAGCAAGGUUAUUAGGCAAACCGCGUCAUUUGAUUCCUCGGCGACACAACGUACCAUCCCCAGUAGACAACGAUUCAGCCAUCUUCUAUGUGGCUUAUAAACAGUAUUGAUUUCGACCUAGUCAUGGGCAGAAUUACUCUCAAAGGUGCGAGCGAGAAGAGAAUAGAUCGUGAAAUAGGACCAAGAUUAGACUAUAAAAAACAGCGGAAGGUGGUUAUGGCUUACCAUAAGUACUCAUAGGUACUCGAAUUACGUACCGUAAGCAAUUAGCUGCAAUAGUAGCAGUCACUUCCCCUUAUUGAUACGCCAGAUAUAAAUGAGUUAA